UGUUCAGUCAUAGUCGCGAGCUCUUCGAUUGAACACUAAGUUACGGCAAAUAUCACGCCAGCCGCUAAUCAAAAAUGCCCACAAACGAUGAAAGCGCACAUAAGUUCAAUGCCGACGAGCUACAAGUGCCGGAAUGGAUAAAUGAUGAUCUUUUUGCGAAAGUCUUGGCGAACUGCGAAAAGAAGGAUAGCCAAAUAAAAAUUAAAAGUACGAAAAUAUCUCCAGCCUGCAUGAAGGGCGACCACUAUGCCAGCAUAAUGUUUCGCGCACAGCUGCAAUACCAGCUGAACGGCGUAGACAAGGCGAGAUCUGUGAUCUUGAAGACAAUGCCGGAAUCGGAGGGCCACAAGAAAGAUAUGCUGGGCAAAACAGAUAUUUUUGAAAAGGAGAUUAUUAUGUAUACAGAAGUGAUACCGCGAUUCGAGAAGGUUUUGCGCGAUAUUGGUGAUAGUACUGUACUCAAAGCAGCCUGUCUUUAUUACUCUUUGAGUCCGAGGAAGGUAAUUGUUUUCGAAGACCUUGUGCCCGUCGGUUAUGAGGUGGUGCGAGAUCGCCCACUAACCGAGGAAGAGGUGAAAGCAGCGUAUGACAAGUUGGCGAAAUGGCAUGCCGUAAGCCAUAAGAUAAAUUUGGAGGAGCCGCAUUAUUUCGAUAAGUUUUACCAA